AUGGCAAGGUACAUUGGCCCUCUCGUCUGCCUUCUGGUCAUGGCCAUGGACAUUACCGCCGGCAUUCUCGGAAUCGAGGCCGAGGUUGCUCAGAACAAGGUGAAGAACCUGAGGGCGUGGAUAUUUGAGUGCAGAGACCCAAGCUAUGAGGCCUUCAAGCUGGGGAUGGCUGCAGUGGUGCUCUUGUCUCUUGCCCACACCAUUGCCAACCUGCUUGGCGGCUGCAUCUGCUUCUGGUCAAGGGAGGAGCUGGAGAGAGCCUCUCCCAACAAGCAGCUGGCUGAUUAUGUUGGUAAUUGCCUUCUCCCUGCUGAUCAUUGGAACGCUGGCAAACUCCAAGUCAAGGAAGUCCUGUGGCAUAGCUCACCAUCGUUUUCUUCUCCAUAG